AUGGGCCUCCACAUCUCCAGGGCCUUCGCCCGCAGGGGCCUCUGGGGCCCCUCAGUCUCAGCUUUGCUGCGCUGCCUCAGCACUUUCCCCGAAGAGGCUUGUUUGCUGCGGCAGCUGGCUGAGCUGCUGCUGCGGGGGGGCCUCCCGCUGCUGGCAGCAAAAGCUGCUGCCUUUGCUGUGGACCUUUGCCCCACAGUGCCCCGCUACUGGCUCACCCUCGCCAGGGCCCACACGGCUUGCUGCUGCUGGGGCCCCGCCCUCCUGGCCCUCAAUGGGGCCCCCCGGGUCUCAGUACCCUUUCCUUGGUACCCUCAGGGCCUCCCUGCUGCUGCUGCUCUCGCAGCUUUGCCCGUCUCCGAGCCUCGCCUCAGGGGCCAGGGCUACUACUCCGAGCUCUGGCUGCCUCCAGUCCGCCCUUAUUUGCUGCCUCUGGCGCCUCAAGACGACCCCGCUGCUGCUGCGCAGCAGCAGCGCAGCAGCAGCAGCAGCAGCAGCAGCAGCACGCGCCCAAACACCCCCCACGCAGACAGCCCCUCUCCGCCAGGGCAUUCCAGGAGCCCGCACGGCACCCUCAGCAGCAGCAGCAGCAGCAGCUACGGGCGAGAAAGCGAGGCGGGAGACGGUGCUGCAGCAGCAGCAGCAGCAGCAGCUCGAGCAGCAGCAGCGCCGCGUCCCCGCCCCGGGGGGGCUUUUGCCCACAGGGGCUUCGGGAGCUCUUUUGGCCUCGCCCGAGGCCUAGACGAAGCUGCUGCUGUUGCUGCGCAUGCAGCACUGCUGCAGCGGGGGGCUGACAAGCCCCACAGCAGCGCAGCGCAUGCAGCGCGGGGCACCCCCUGCAUGCACGCCAGCAGCAGCAGCAGCAGCAGCAGCAGGACUGCGGAACACCUCAAGGCCCUCGCGAGCUGCAGAGCCCUCGAACUAGACCUUUCAGAAAGGAGGCAAUAUGCUGUUCUUGUGUCUCUUCACAAACGCAUUGGCCUCAGGGGCCUCAACUUGCUGCGGGGGGCCCUCUUCCACUCCGCUGCAGCAGACGGGGGGCCCCCAGAAGCCUUUCUCGAGCCGCACCAGCAGCAGCAGCAGCAGCAGCAGCAGGCGGUUCUUGCGAGCUGGGGCGGGGGCCUCACGGGGGCCUCACGCAGGAGGGGCCCCCAGCCCCUGCAGGGGGCCCCCAGUCGCCUUCUAGGGGGCCCCCCUGCAGUGAUGGGGGCCCCCCCUGUGGCCCGUUUGCUGCUGCUGAUGGGGGGCCCCCGGGGCUGA